AAAACUCGAGAAGUAUAGAUAACCUAUUUUUCAUCUAGAGUCGGAGGAGGUUAUUUCCCCUUCCAAUCAUGUCGGUACCAGACCACGGAACGCGUGGCGACCCUCUGGUCAGCUACAGUCUGAAGAGAGUAACAGGGACCACGAUGAGCCUCCCGCUUUUCCGUUUCGCGUGUUUCUUUCUCCUGGCCCUGGUAUUCGCUGCCAACGCCGGGACCACCAGUGGCAGCAAGGUGGGGAUGAACGAGAACAAUUCUGACCACGCCUAUAAUACGCCGCACACCGACGAGGCGGUGCCGGAGGACCAUGAAGAACUCUACGAGUGGGUGUGGGUCGAGGGUGUAUUGAGACGGCUUCCGGGAACCAAAGGCUCACCGGCCGCGUACUCGCCAAUGCCAGCGCCAGCGCCGAUGCCCGUGUAUACCCCACCGGCGCCGGCCCCGAUGCCGGUUUACACACCUCCAGCGCCAGCGCCGAUGCCGGUUUACACCCCUCCAGCACCGGCUCCGGCCCCGAUGCCCGUGUACACUCCGCCAGCGCCCGCUCCCGUACCGAUGCCGGUUUACACCCCUCCAGCACCGGCUCCGCAGCCGAUGCCCGUUCCGCAACCCGUUCCACAGCCAGUGCCGGUUCCGCAGCCGGUGCCCCAGCCGCAACCGGUUCCGCAGCCCGUGCCGACACCCGCACCCAUGCCGGUACCCGUGCCCGCUCCCGUGUCGGUGCGCCAGCAGCCGUCCGCGGGCCAGGGAACGAUGGGAGGAACAUCAACCACGUCCAGUACCGGUUCGGGCAUGCAAAUGAUGGACCAGGCUACCAUGAACGCCCUGGCGCCACAGAUGACGCAACCCCCCAUGGUGUACCGCACGACCACAACGACCGCGCCGCCACAGACGGACGCACCGCCGAAUUUCGCCUUCCAGGCCACCGAGAAGGUCGUUGCCGUGCCGGCGGUGCUCGACAUGACCAUUCCGGCGGGCAAGGAAAUUUCCAGCCUGAAAAAUGACGCGGACUUCACCACCGCACUCUGCAAGGGCGUCAAAUCUGCCAUGAACGCCGCGGACGCCACGGAAUGCCGCGUGAUUGACGUUCGCCAGGCAGAACCGGCAAGCAGUAGUGCGACUGCUUCUGCCGGAUCAACAUCAGCAUCGUCCGCGACAAGUACAAGAAGGCAGCUGCAACUUUCCGCGCCACCAACCGAGCACGACACCGAAAAUAAAUUCCUUCGCGGGGGCGUUAUGGCACCACGACCGCAAGAGAUCAUGACGAACAUGAACCGACAAGAAAGCAAUCACGGCAGCAUCAACGCAAACUACUACUCGUACUCCUCGCGCUUGCUCACUACCAGCUCGUCUUCGCUGAGUGUGGACUUUGAGCUGAAAGUCGCGGACGACAGUGAAGUGAGUGCCAUGACUUCGAAACUGCAGGAAUCCGACAUGGCUUCGAAGAUCAAGCAAAAGACCAACAUCGAGCUUUCCAGCGGCGGCAGCACCACCAGCGGGUUCCAGGUGCAAAGCGUGUCGAACACCGAGACCGCGGGCGUGAGCGAAAUCCACGAGCUGGACUGGAGCCUGAUGACGGGGCAGGAGUACAAAAUGCUGGUCUGCGACAAGGGCAACAAGAUCCGGUUCAAGUGGACCAACGCCAACAUGCAGCACGACGUGCAGCGGAUCAAUUUGGAGUCGGAGUACGUCGGCUGCGAUUUCACGCACGCGACCAAGAUGACCGAGAUCGGGUCCAGCGGCUCCUACACGAUGAACUGCGACAAGCAGGGCAUGCACUUCUUCUCGUGCAGCGUGCCCGGGCACUGCACCGACGCGAAGCAGAAGAUCCGGGUGCAGGUCACGGAUCUGAGCAAGACCGCGACGCUGCGGAACAUGGUGAACACGGACCCCAAGUACAACGGCGCGAAGCACUGGACCUACGCCAUGGCCAUGAGUGGCUACUUCGUAGACGCCGAUUUCGCCAACGGGUUCGCCACCAAUGCCGCCGCCGACACCGCCCAGUUUCGGUUGUGGUGCGUGCUGCCCCACGCGCGGGAGGAAAACGGGCUGGGGUGCAGCGACUGGCUGCCCGCGGACUACAACAACGCCGAGGUUUGCGAGGCCUGGAUCGAGUCGGACAUCGGGUACGCCUGGCGGAAGCGGCCGACGCCGAACUACGCGGAGGCGGAGAAGUACUACGACAAGGCGCUCACGAUUUUGCCCAAGUUCUGUCCCGCGUUGAGCUACAAGACGGGGCUCUACGUCCAGAAGGGCGACGCCUCCCGCGCGCACGGCGUCUUUCCGGAGGCGUGCGCCGAGUGCGGAAACCUGUCGCUCGACAUGGAACUGGUGAAAAAGGGGUACGCGGAGAAGGGCUGGAAGCUGCCCUGCGGGACCGCCUGCAGCGGCAGUGAUUGUGUCACGUACAACAACGUGAUCGCGCACACCAUUGGCAGCACAUCCACGUCCAUGGGCAUGGCGGGUGGUAUGGGCGGUGGUAAUGCAGCCAUGGACGAAGAAGACAUGGGCAUGUCUUCGGUCGCCCUGAUUGGCAUCAUCGGAGGCGGCAUUCUAGGCGUGCUUGGACUCGUCGCGGUUUACUACUUCUUCAUCCAUGACCCGAGCAAAAAGACCGUGCCGGAGCAAGCGGCCGCUGUGGAGAAGCCCAAGAAGGGCGGAAAAGGAGGUGCAGGCGUUGGGGGCGACCUGGACACCAACAGUUACGCGGUGGAAAUGAAAAUGAAGAACAUGCCCGUGUCGCAAAAACCAGGCGCUGCUGGGGCUGACGCGUCCGGAAGAUGCGCCAUUCCCGAAGACGUCGCGAUCACCUGUCCGGCAGACGGAGCUGCCCCGAUGGACGACGGAACGGGCAAGAAGAAAAAGCGCCGCGACGACGGAGCUCCCACCUCCUCCUCCUCGCGGGGAGGCCAAGCAGAUCCUGCCAGAAGUGGGAAAAGCAGCAGGAACAAACCGACUGACAUCGAGUCCGUAACCACUGCGUCUUCCAAGAAAAGCCGCCGCUCGCAAGACUCGCAGGAAUCCGGCGCUACCCGGAAAAGCCGUGACUCCUCUGGCUCGGGAAAGAACCGGAGCAGCGAAGGCAGGCGAAAGUAGCCGACAACGAAAACGUGAAAAAGUGUGAAGUAGAAAUAAAUUGUGCAUGGCCAACAUGAAAACGAAAGCAAUGUCGUCGAAGACAUCAAACCAAGAUGAAUUAGUUCCCCUUUUUGAAUGAAUCUAUUCCUAUAAUUUUCAGUAAACCAGGACUAUACUAUUAUACUCAAAGACAAAGAAUAUGUAUAUCCAUAUCUGGAUCUGCAACGUAAGCAAGAGCUCAUUUUUUUGACUUUUCAAUAUUUUCAAAAAAAAACCAAAACAGGAGUAUCUGUGAUUCUCAUGUGCAGUCUGCCAUACCCAAAAGUGCAAGUGGCAGUUGGUAUUUCUCAGGUAUCUAUCCUCAUUCCUCCCACCACACAUGCAUUUUGCGUAGAGAGUUAUUCAUAUGAGUGUAACGUGUUCGCCCUCGUCAGACCGAGGGCGCGGGAUUUUUCGUGAAUAUUUUUGAGUCAAUGGCUUUACAAUUUUCAAACAAGCUUUUUCUUUUACCAGUUUUACCGAUGGAUUUAGUGUGAUAAAUACACCGACCCAGCUGCGGCUGUGCUUCCUAGUCAAAUCCAAUGUAGCGCUUCGUCGGUUCGGCAACUUUUUUGUCAUCGUGUGCAGGGUCUGUUUUUUGUAAACAGAAUGUCAAUGUAGAUCUGUUUGAUGCCGAUUGGUGUGCAUCUAGUUGCAAAAUUUUGUUGACGAAAUUUGAUUCAGCAAAUAAAGCUUGCAGGAAUCAAAGCUAGGAUUUGCCCGAGCUUUGAUGAAUCAAAUUCACAUAAAUAUCACUUCCUCACAUCAG